AUGCGUGAAAACAGGAGCAGGAGUAGCAGCAGCAGUAGCAGCAGCAACAGCAGCAGCAGUCCUUCUUCAGUUAUCAGUAAUGAUGAUGACUCCGCCAGUCCACUCCAUCACAUCUCCAAUGGAAGUAAUACUCCAUCUUCUUCAGAAGGAGGCCCUGAUGCUGUCAUCAUUGGAAUGACCAAGAUUCCUGUCAUUGAAAAUCCCCAGUACUUUGGAAUCACAAACAGUCAACUCAAGCCAGACACAUUCGUUCAGCACAUUAAGAGACAUAACAUCGUUCUGAAAAGGGAGCUAGGCGAAGGAGCCUUUGGAAAAGUUUUCCUUGCUGAGUGUUACAACCUUUGCCCCGAGCAAGACAAGAUCUUGGUGGCAGUAAAGACUCUGAAAGAUGCCAGUGAAAAUGCCCGCAAGGACUUCCACCGAGAGGCUGAAUUGCUGACCAAUCUCCAGCACGAGCACAUUGUGAAAUUCUACGGUGUCUGUGUGGAAGGGGAUCCUCUUAUUAUGGUCUUUGAAUAUAUGAAACAUGGGGAUCUCAACAAAUAUCUCAGGGCCCAUGGACCAGAUGCUGUGCUCAUGGCAGAAGGCAACCGCCCCACUGAAUUGACCCAAUCCCAGAUGUUGCACAUUGCUCAGCAGAUUGCCGCUGGCAUGGUUUACUUGGCAUCCCAGCAUUUUGUGCACCGUGAUCUUGCCACCCGGAACUGCUUGGUCGGAGAGAACCUGCUGGUGAAAAUUGGUGACUUUGGGAUGUCCCGUGACGUGUACAGCACUGACUACUACAGGGUUGGGGGCCAUACAAUGUUACCCAUCCGCUGGAUGCCUCCAGAGAGUAUCAUGUAUAGAAAAUUCACCACAGAAAGUGAUGUCUGGAGCCUGGGGGUUGUGUUAUGGGAGAUCUUCACCUAUGGCAAACAGCCGUGGUAUCAGCUCUCAAAUAAUGAGGUGAUUGAAUGCAUCACUCAGGGCCGAGUCCUGCAGAGGCCUAGAACGUGCCCAAAGGAAGUGUAUGACCUGAUGCUGGGGUGCUGGCAGCGAGAGCCUCACAUGAGGCUCAACAUCAAAGAUAUCCAUUCUCUCCUUCUGAACUUGGCCAAGGCAUCCCCAGUCUACCUGGAUAUUCUAGGCUAGGGUCCCCACCAACCUUCUACUCCCCAUUGCACUUCCUCAGACAGGCCAAGUGAACGAUUGUGUUCUAGCUGCCGCUGAACUCCAUCCAAAUGUGUUCUUAACUGACAGUAUUAAUGACAAAGACAGUGAGAAGCUUUCAGAGGGAAGCAGUGUGCACUUCUCCAUCUGUAGACACAGUAUUGACUUCCUUUUGGCAUUAUCAAGUCUUCUCUCUCU